CAGGGUCACAUUGUCACGCUUGAGAUCACAUCGGGUGAAGUCUACCGUGGCAAGCUAAUCGAAGCCGAGGACAACAUGAACGUACAGCUGAAGGACAUCACUGUCACCGCUCGCGACGGUCGCGUCUCACAUCUCGAACAAGUGUACAUCAGGGGAAGCCACGUGCGGUACUUCAUUGUUCCCGACAUGUUGAGGUAUGAUGUGUUAUACCCGUCGAACAAGAAAGGCGCUAACAGAAUAUAG